AUGGUGAAUGACAUCCGCUGCUCAGACCCCGAUCUGCAACUGGACGUGGACAUCAUGAUCCUCGACUACACACUGUUUCAGUCGACCAAGGCACAACUGCGUUUGCUCUCGCGCGGGCUCGAUGACAACGAAGAGGGCGAUAGAUCCCGCGAUGCUCUGCGCCUUUUGACCGUCUUCGACUCCUUCAUCCAGAUCUUCAAUGAGCGUCACUCCAGCUACGAGCAUAGCCCAGGGUUGACGUUUAGACUCGACAUUCUAGAAUUCUUGGUGCUCCUCUCCGGUCUGUCAUCAAGUUCCGCGCCUCAUUUUACAGAUGCAAUGCUGGAGAAACUCAAAGUCCGCACACAAGAAGAUAUCCAAGCUCGCCGAAAGUGGCAGGCAGCACGACAAAGAUACUUUCGCAGACUGGAGAAACGCUCAGCCACAGCUUUGAAAACCGAUGGCGUCGACGAGGACGUGGAGCGCCAAAUAUAUGAAGCUUGGACAAAUCCAGACACAUCAAGUCCCUACUCUGAUCCACAGAGCAUCAAGAUCUUGUUGCUUUUCCACUUGUUACCACGGUUCAUGGUUAUCUCGGCCAAGUUUUCGGACCUAAUAGACCAGAGUCUCGACCAGCGCUGGAUGCGAGUUGCGUGUGAACUCAUGCUCCGGACUGGCCUCGAGUCGUUACGAUUUCAAACUCUGAACUGUCAAGCCGACGCUUUGCCAACACUGGAAGACUGCUUUUCCUGGGGUUACGUCGAUCUCAGAGACACAACUGACCUAGGUGCAACAGCCAGCUAUGAUGAGGAAGUCAUGGAUUUGGUCAACGACAUGUUACGCUUGCGUAACCAUUCCGUCUCCACGCCUGGGGUGGAAGACCCUGAAUGGACGAAGCUACGCAUCAGCACGCUUCACGAAUUCUCCAUCGCCGCGGACGCGUCUAUCGUGGCCCGGAAAAACCGCUUCGACCGCCUUGCAGAGAAGUAUCCCUUGGAGGAAUUCGUGCAGAAGCUGAUUGGCGUGGUGCUAAACAUCUGGGAGUUGAGCUGCCGCGACGAAUACUUGGGGCAGCCGGUCCUCGUCGAGAUUGAAGAAGGGCAUCUCCAGAGCUUGAAUAUAGUCGGAGCAGAUUUUGACGACUUUGCUUCGAAGAUCGCUCUGGAAAGGCGGUUUGAUUCACCUGGGAGGGUUGAUGUGACCAGGGGCUCUUCCGAUCAGAGUCUCAAUGAGCGAUUUCACCACGAAUUAGCACGUCUCAAGCGAGUCAAUGAACGUCAACACAAUGGCACUGGCCCCGUCAUCAAAUUCGGGGACUGA